CCCCCCCUCUCUCUCUCUUUUUUUUUCUUUCUUUUCUUUUCUUUUCUCUUUAUGGGACAAAAUAGAUUUCCAGCAGAAUUUCUACAGCAAGUAGCAGCUUAUUUAUCUUUGCAAGAUUAUUAUCAAUGCAUUUAUGUUUGUCGGUUUUGGCGUAUUAUUUUUCAACGUUUGCUCUAUCGUACUAUAACGCUGUAUUCAAAUACACAAUUACGCUUGUUCUUAGCUUCACUUGAACAGUCAAUUAUGAAUGGUUAUUGGAUCAGAAAGCUGUAUCUAGAGGUUUUUUGUUUUAAUAUAGCUGAUUGGGAGCACCUUCAAUUACGAGAAUCUUGGAUAUCAGUGCGACAAUGGUCACCUUUACCUUACGCAACUUUCAUCAGCAAUAUUGAGAUCCUUAAACAUAACUUGACCCAUUUACAUAUUCAACAUUCCAUGCAACAGUUCUUAAGUUUAAUAGAUCAGAUUUAUGUUGUACCUUAUCUUGAACAUCUUACACUUGAGUUGAUGAAUGAUGACUCUGAUUCAUUACUACGCUUUAGCAAUUUACAACAAUUACAUAGAGCUUUGCCUAAUCUACUGAAUCUUACAUUGAUCCGUAGUAAGCCCACAAAUCAUCGUCAGGAGUCCAGUAUUCCAUCAUUAACACAUUUUAGUGAACCCUCUUCACUGAAAACUCUAACAUUAGACGGCUAUAUUGACUCCUUCUAUUGGUUUGAUUUAAUUCGCUACAGCUACCCAAACCUUCAAGAACUCAACAUCACUCAUAUAAUAGACAACACAAGUGAAUUCGAUAGUAGUUCAACAAAAUGGAGGAUAUGGCAAUCUGAGUUUACUCAACUUAUACAAGCUCUACCUCUUAUAACUCUCAGAUUAGGAGGCCAAAACAUACCAUCUCUCUUUUCUAAAUCAUUGGUUACCUCAUUUCAGACUUGCACUACUACCAUACAAUAUCUAGACCUAGACGUAGACUUUGAGAUCUACCAAGCAAAUGAGUCCUUUCAAUUUUUAAGGCUUCUUGAUUCAACUUGUGGACUCGAACAGUUACGAAAGCUCAAGUUGAAGGUUUGGGAACAGAUACCUGGAUGGUCUGGUGUGACCUCAUCACAUCUACUUCAUUGUAAAGGGCUUCUGUCAUUGGAAUUGGCAUUACCAAGGGGACUGAUGGAUCAGUUCCCCUAUACACCAUUUUUAAUUGAUUAUCUGCUAAUGCAUUUGACUCAGUUGGAGGAACUUGUGUUGAUUGGAGCUCAUGUUCAGGUUAUCUAUAAUCAGUUUAAAAAUCUUGAUUUUGGUGUAUUUGCUCUAAGGAAAUUUGAGCUGAGACAAUCCAGAUUUGAGGAAUUAGUGACAAGAUAUCUAUCAAGGUGUUGUCCAAGACUAGAAACGGUUAUACUAGAAUGCGAGGUAGUACGGUUAUGUGAACUGGUAUGGCAGAAUAGUAGAUUAACAAGGUUGCAAGUGAAUUGGUAUGGACAGCAUAAAUUUGUGGGGAUUCAAGUGACAACGGUUUAUCAUAAUUAUAAAAAGGUAUGGUGCCACUGGGAUCAAACUAAAUAUCAGAUUAGUAAAGAUGAAGUCGAACAACAUGAGGAGCUAAAUAAUACUUGUAGUAAAUUUGGACGUUCACCAAAGAUUGGCCUUAUAAAUAUACAAUGCCAGUCAAUAUCUUGUAUCUUUUUUAAUGAUAUGAAAAUACCCAUUCAACAAUUAUAAUUUUAUUUUUUAUAAAGUAAAAAUAAAGUAAAAUAAAUAAUUAAAUUAACAAAUUACAGACUCAAAAUUGUCUCUUGGGAUUCGCACUUUAUAAUGUGCUGGGACAACAUAGAGUGUUCCUUUACAGUUGGGACUUGUCCACAUGGCACAAUGACUACUGCCAGUAUUUUUGACAUAAGCUGCUUUAAAUUGCUUGGGGAAAUUGGUACAGCGAUGAUUUGAACUAAGUACACCUGAUCGCGUCUUUUCAUCCAUACUGUAUAAAAUUAAGCCAUUACCUGUACCAUAAAUGGCAAAGACACAAAUAGGUAACAAUAAGAAUAGAAUAAUAAAUUUCAUCAAGAAAAAAAAAAAGUAAUAAAGAAUAAUAACAAAAAAA